CCGGCCCAGCCCACCACCAGUACCAGCACCCCUCCUCCACUCUCAGUCACUCACACACAGUCUCUUUUCUCUCUCCUGCUGUGUGCCAGUCCCUCUCUCCCCUUCCACUUCCUCAAAGUGGCCACAGCUCCUCUCUUUUCUCUUGUCCUCGUUACAUCCCUCCACCACUCUCUUUCUUCCUCCAGCUGUGAGAGCAACUGCCUGUUCCUCUUCAACUCUGCCAGUUAAACGGAUCUCAGGUCACCUCUUUUCCCCCCUGACGACUUUAUCUUCCUUCUUGACCUUUUUGUUUUUGGGUCCUUCCCCUCCGGAGAGACCGGUUGGUGUGUGUGUGUGGCGUGUGUGCGAGGGUUCCGGUGUCGUGCUCUCUGCCCCAAGGGAUCCCCUAAAGGUUUUGACUGGAGGAGAAAACUUUUCACCACCAUGAAUGUUCAACUGCUGCUCCUGUUGGCCCUGGCUGGCCCUUUCUGCGCUUUCACACAUGCAAGCCCCACAGAGAUCCCCUCAGACCUGGACGUUGCUGACAUCACCGAGGCUCCAAAAGAGGAACUCUCUGUUUUCACUAGUCUUCCUGCAACUGAAGCAGCAGUGGCGGCAGCUGAAGAAGAAGUAACAACAGAAGCGGCCGUAGUAGAAGAAGUGGCGACAGAAGCAGCCGUAGUAGAAGUGACAACAGAAGCAGCCGUAGUAGAAGAGGUUGUAGAAACUGUCACAGAGGAGAUUCAUGCAGUCGAAGUCAACACUGAGGAGGCUGUCGUUGAGACAGACGCUGCUGUUACUGAAGUCCCAGAGGCCCCUGAAGUCAUCGUCACCGACCACCCCGCACCGGCGGAGGAAGAGGUCGUUCCUACAGAGGCCGUCCAGGCAGAAGAAGCGGUAGUCGUUGAAGACGGCACAGCAGAGGGCAUGAGUUCUGGCCAGGUGGUGGGCAUUGUGAUUGGCGCUCUGAUUGCGGUGAUCAUCGCCAUUGCUGUGGUGGUUGCUGUAGUGAGGAGAAUGGGAAAAUACUCCCCUUGAAGAAAAAGUCGGCCAAGCAGCCCGAGCGCACAAAGUUCUGGAAAUUCUGAACUACUGAACUGUGACGUCAUUCGCGAUCAUUAGAACAAGCACGACACCAGAACUAAACUAAACUAAACUAAUCUAACCAGGACUCUGGACUGUUGCCAAAAAGGAGGGGGAGGGAGGCUUGUGUGUGUUAAUGUAUGUACUGUAUGUAUGUGAGACAAAACAUCCUCACCUCCCCCCGCUACCUUCCUGAACCCCCCCCCCCCCAUUGCCCGAGCCCCACCCUCACCCCAGGAGCCGCUGAUAAAUAAAACGCUCUGUCCUCCCCUACUCCCCUGGAGAGAACAAAACAAGGUGACAGCAGGAUGUCACACAAUUUGAGGCCUUUUCAAAUGUAUUAUGUUCAAUUAAAAACUUUUAGGAAAGAUGGGAAGGGGGGGAUUAUCUGACUACUAGGGAUACAAAUCUCUCUGCUUUUUAAAGAGUGACUGAUUUAGAUUUGCAUGAAAGGACAUACAAAUGGAAAGUACAGACAAAAACAAAAAGGACAUUUGGAACUCACGCAGGAAAGGAAGCAGGAGAGACUGCUACAAAUUCCACAGAAUGUAUAUACAAUGCAAGGGGACUACAUUAUACAGCUAAUGACUUUCUCAUAUGAUGCAGUUGCAUAGGCUGGCAUUUGAUCAUAUGGAAGAAUACACAGUAAACAGGCAGCCUCAGGCUAUUGUUGUGGCUAACAGACCUUUAAAGAAACCCUAUGCACCAGUUUAACACAUCAUCUCAUAUAGCCAGAUAUGUUGGCCAACUGUACGAAGCACUGUGUGCAGAAGUUGUUUUGACAUAACACACUCGUGAGCUCUGAGGGCUAGCAGGAAAGAAAAGCCACCCUCAUAUACAAGAGUAACGUGACAUUCUGCCCACUUUAACACUGACAUAUAAAAACCUAAUACAUAUCUGUGAAAUUUAGCAGAAGGGUUUGUGCCACUGUCUCUGGUAUUCUCUAGGUAGUUUGGGGGAUAACUUUUGAAGUGCAUUAUUAAUGUGAAUGACUUUUUAACUGCCACCCAUUCCAAAAGAAAACAGCUUCUGUGACUUCUGGCUCGUUCCUUAUAGAGGCUUACACACACCGCCAGUGGUUAUAUGACCUAGUGAUAGCAUUGUCUUGACAGUGUAUUCAUAGUACUUCUGUUGAUAGUUAGUUUACCAGAACAGCCAUCCGGUCUUUUAGUUGAGCUAACCCCAGAUUGCGUGCACAGGAUGACAUUUUAUAGUUGCACUUAUAGUUUUAGUGCACAGUGUUAGGCAGCAAUGCCCUGUUUUUGUUAUUUUUUUGCAAUUGUAAGUGUGCUACAUGGGUGUACAAAUAAUGAAGUCUCAGCUUUGCUCCGCUUGCUUUACAAACUCGUUUAAUACGUGCACUGAAUGAGUCAUGUAAUGUUUAAUGAAUAGGCUUUUUAGACACUGCAAAUGUUUGCAACGAAAUGUCUUUGUUUCCCCUCCUCUGCUUCGCCACAUAUUAUCAGUUCUAGGUCUUUAAUUUGUGCCAUCUGAUUUGUUUGAUCCCUUUUAUUUAAUUGCAGUGUUUUGUUCAUACUGUUUCAAUAAAAAACUGAAAACACUCUGA